AUGUCAUCAACGACGCCAUAUUCUUCUCCAAUCGCUCGUAAUCGUGAUUUAUCCUCUACAGUUGUAGAGAACGACACACAGCGGCCGAUCGCUCGCAAUAACGAUCGAUCAGGAGUCAUUAACUUCCCAACUACAACUCCAACUGCGACUCAGACGAGUUCAGGGAAUGCCUCAACUUCGACUCAAAUAAGUUCAGAUGUACGUUCGUUAAUGCACCCUGAAGAAAUAAAGGAUAAAAGGUGUUGGAUUUGUUUUGGCGAAGAAUCCGACAGUGUGGGUAAAUGGGUCCGACCUUGUAAAUGUUCUCUUAUAUGUCAUGAAGAAUGUUUGCUUGCUUGGAUUACGGAAAAUCAAAAAAGCACUGCGUUAAAGAAGGUACGGUGCCCUCAAUGUAGGACUUUAUACCAUCUUGCUGAGCGAGCAUCUCUUCUUUUACGCGUUUUUUCAAUCGUUGAUUCUGCAAUCCAAUCAUCGAUUCCAUAUUUUACAAUUUUCGGGGUUACUUUCGCUAUAGCAGUUACAAACAUUCACUAUGGAGCUUAUGCGGUAAUCACAAUGGUUGGUCUCGAAGAUGGUGAACGACUUUUGGAAGAACCUUGGAGUUGGAGGGUUUGUUUUACUCUCCCUCUUGUUCCGAUAUUGCUUAUCUUUUCGAGGGCUCGUAUUGCCGAUCCGGUCAUGCCACUUAUUCCUAUGCUCUUUAUUAGAUACGACCAAUUAAGAACCACCAUGCCUCUAAACCCAUCCCUUACAAUUUCUCUUUUACCAUGGGCUAGAAUUGUUUAUAAUUAUUCCUAUAACCGUCUAUUUGGUCGACUUGAGCAAUCAUGGCGUAGGCAACUUGAGCCGUAUUCAGUUGCGACAGAUUCAGAAAAUGGAGAAAAUGGUAAUGAGCGACGUCGAGAUCAAGAUGUAUUGGAUCGUUUGGAUAGAAGCAACGCUGGUCGCAAGAUUAUUGGUGCAUUAUGCUUACCAUUCAUUUCGGCCAUGGUUGGAAGCUUCCUUGGUCGAUUUUCAUUUAUUCGUUCACGUAUACCUGAUACUUUUCACCGAAAUGUUCUAGGUGGAUGUCUAUUCAUAGUCAUAAAGGAUAUUAUGAAUCUCACAUAUAAAUACCAAAGAGCAAAACAUCGUCGGUCCAGACAUAUUAAAAAUUACACAGAAUUUGCGGGUGAAGAAUUAACGUCUAAUAUUAGAUAA